UGCCUGCUGGAAGACCUUUAAUGGCUUGUUUCGAGAGCAAUCUUCCUUAACAUAGAGAAAUCUGAUGGCAUCUGAGAAAAGCCCCAAAAUGAAGAGGUGUGCUAGGUUAACUGGGGCCACCUCUAGAGCAAGAUCUGGGGACAUUAAAGUAUCCAAUAAGCUUUGGCCACACUGUGUUUGGAGGUGUGAUACCAUUUAAUUCUACCGGAUGAACACGAUGUAUCUGAUCCGGGGAAGAAAAGGAUUGCUCUUCAGAAUUUCAAGCAAGAAGCGAAACCCGGGCCUUAAGAUUCCAAAAGAAGCGUUUGAACAGCCUCAGACCAGUUCCACGCCGCCUCGGGAUUUAGACUCCAAGGCUUGCAUAUCUAUUGGAAACCAGAACUUUGAGGUGAAGGCAGAUGACCUGGAGCCGAUAGUGGAGCUGGGACGAGGUGCGUACGGGGUGGUGGAGAAGAUGCGUCACGUGCCCAGCGGGCAGAUCAUGGCAGUGAAGCGGAUACGGGCCACAGUUAAUAGCCAGGAACAGAAACGGCUGCUGAUGGAUUUGGAUGUCUCCAUGAGGACGGUGGACUGUCCAUUCACCGUGACCUUCUACGGUGCACUCUUCCGGGAGGGCGACGUGUGGAUCUGCAUGGAGCUCAUGGAUACGUCACUAGAUAAAUUCUACAAACAAGUUAUUGAUAAAGGCCAAACAAUUCCAGAGGAUAUCUUAGGAAAGAUAGCAGUUUCUAUUGUAAAAGCGUUAGAACAUUUACACAGUAAGCUGUCUGUUAUCCAUCGAGACGUCAAGCCUUCUAAUGUGCUCAUUAACACACUGGGCCAGGUGAAGAUGUGUGACUUUGGAAUCAGUGGCUACCUGGUCGACUCUGUUGCUAAAACGAUCGAUGCCGGUUGCAAACCAUACAUGGCUCCUGAACGAAUAAAUCCAGAGCUCAACCAGAAGGGGUACAGUGUGAAGUCUGACAUUUGGAGCCUGGGCAUCACCAUGAUCGAGCUGGCCAUCCUUCGGUUUCCUUAUGAUUCUUGGGGAACGCCCUUCCAGCAGCUAAAGCAGGUGGUCGAAGAGCCCUCUCCUCAGCUCCCAGCAGACAAGUUCUCCGCGGACUUUGUUGACUUUACCUCACAGUGCUUGAAGAAAAAUUCCAAAGAACGGCCCACAUAUCCAGAGCUUAUGCAACAUCCAUUUUUCACCGUACAUGAAUCCAAAGCAGCAGACGUGGCAUCUUUUGUAAAACUGAUACUUGGGGACUAAAAAGCCAUGGACUUAACUGGUCGACCCUACUGUGGAUUGGUGGGUUUACAGGGUGAAGAAAGUUCACUACAGAGCCAACAGAAAGUCAUCUUGAGGUCAUUGAACCCUGCCUUUCUGAGGGGUUUCCUCUCCCCGUUUUUCUUUUUCCUCUCCAAAGGGGGCCUUGGAAUCUCUAGCGUAGGCUGAACUCUCUAGAUGGAUGAAAUACAACAAAGGCUUAGGACUUGAAAUGGUGAUUAAAUAUUUAAUGGCAAGUCAUACGGGUGGGUCCUCGAGCUUCUCAGAUCUCUCGUGUUCUUUACGAAAUGAAUGCAAUUGGCCCUGGUAACAAGGUGCUACAGUAGUGAAGAGAUUGUGAAGUAGAUUUGUAGCGUAUCCCACUUAUUAUUUUAAUAUUUAUGUUUCAGUGCUUGGUUGGAAAUAUUCCAUUUUAUGCAAGAAGGGAGAUACAGAGACAGGGCUGACUCGGCAGUAUUUAUAGGGCUUUUAUUUUUUUUGAGUUCAAUCAUGUCUGUGGUCCAGAGGAAGUUAUUUAAUAUGCAUUUUUAAGGAUAUUAUAAAAAUCUCCAGCAAAGGGGCUCUUCCUGUACAGUGUGGCUUGCAGCUCUCAUGGCUGCUGCUCCCGACUGUCAACUCAACCGUGGCUGAUCAUCGCAUCGUUUGAAUGAACUGUCAAAGUUAAUGUCCCCCCGCCUCCCUCCCCCAACUUUGGAAACCAUGAAAGUCACUUGUAUCACGGCUCAAAGAGUAAAAAAAUACAAUGGUUCUCUUCAAAUUUGUGGCAUAGUAUUAGUGGAAAAAUGAAAAUAACAGAAAGUGAUGUGCUUUUUAUAGUUUGCCUAUCUCUUUCUCUCUGUAUGUAUUUGUGUGUGUGUGUGUGUGUGUGUUUGUGUCUGUUUUCGUGUGUGUGAGUACAUUUAUUAAACCAAGUCCUACCUACCACGUGGCUUCUAGGAACACCUCUAUUAGUUAAAAGGACACCUGAUAAGUCAUGAGAGGAGAUAUGGAAGCUCACAGUGAGAAAUGAGGUUUUCUGCUCUUGUGCCUCCUCAAUGGAUACUCCCCAAGGCCUGCUUCUGUAACGCAUGAACUAUCCUGCCUUGCUGGUUGGUUCUCACAUCCAAUGAAGAAGUCUUAUUGUUAGAAGGGCUGUGAUAAGAGAAGAUAAACGCCAGUAGUCUUUAAUGAAAUGAAAACUUAAUGAAGAGCCUUGGGACAGACUGCCAAGUUGUCACAGGCUCAGACCAUGUCUUAGUAUAAUACCAUGGAGUAGCUCCCUCCACUCUCAAGCUCUUGCAGGUGGACUGAAUUCUUGUGAUUAAAGACGUCAUGAGUUCUCUAAGCGUCCUCUAAGAUUAAGAAGUAUUGUGAAUGACAGGGAAAAGGUAGAUAUUUGCUAGAUAAUGAGGAAUGUUUGCUUUGUUACAGUGUUACUAUAAGGCAAUUACUAUUGGAAUUCCUAGACAGCGUGUUGAUAAAAAGGGAAGAAAAAAAAUAUCCAUAUUUAUUUUUUCUUUCCCUCUCCUGACCUCUUGGAAUUCUCCCUUCCAUCCCCUCUGGAUUUGGAAGCGUUAACAGUAGAGUUUCCAUUGUAUUAUUUGCAUCUUCAGGACUCUCUUCCACAGGUCACCUGUUUAGAGUGUGUCUGACACUUGAGCAUCGCUUUUAGAGUCUCUUGUGAGGGAUACCUAUUGGCAGGGCUGAGGAGGUGGCUGUCAGUGAAACACUUGCAUCUCAGGCCUGAGGACCAGCAUUCAGCUUCCUGGAACCCACAAAAACCUGGCCUUGUGGCACAGGCCCGCAAUCCCAGCAAUGGCAAGAUAGGAAGGGGAGACAGACAGAUCUCUGGAAGCCUAUGGAUGGGUUAGCCUGGCCUACAUACUGAAAUUCCAGGCCAGUGGGAGGCCCUGUCUCCAGCAAAAGGUAGAAUGUACCUGUGGACAGAUGACCACACUCUUUCCAUCCCUCCAGACACCCCUCUGCCCACUCUACCUGUUUGAUUAAGCACAGAUUCAUCUGCUCUAAAGACUCAUUUGUUUUAUUUCUUUCUUGCCAGAAAAGUGGUAUUCUUCUCUUGAUUGUGUCCAUUCAGUUUCCCACCCAGUUGGAAAGUUCCUUUCUUUGACAUAGAGAGAAGUCAUAUCUGUCUUCCGGCUCCAUUUGAUCAUCUUAAGAGAACAGAAAGCAAUGGGGGAGAAGCCUGGGGAACCAACCCUCUUACAACUUCUGGUGAAAUUCCUGAAGUAAAUUGUCUUUCUGGUCUGUAUCUGACUAUUCUUAAUUGUUUGCCGUCUUUGAAUCACUUCUAACAAAGAACAGGUUUUGCACUCGUGUGCCUGUGCUGUUUCGUCUGUGAGCCCAGGACAGGAACCUGUAAGACAUCAUAGUGGGAAGAGCUGCUAGUUCAAGGCUGGUGCACUUUGGAGCCAUUUAGAUGCCAGUGUGGGUGCCAGAGUCCUGUCCCCUUGGAAUUAAUUGGUUCAGGUCGAGCUGGGGGAAUUAAGAAAGAAGGAAGGAAGGAAGGAAGGAAGGGAGGAAGGAAAGAAAGAAAGAGAAAGAAAGGAAGAGAGGGAAGGCCUUCAUGUACUCCUGAUAUACACCAGGGUUGGGGACAUUUUAUCCAAAGUCCAAAUGAAAUGGUCCCCUGAAAUGGAAGAGAGCACAAAUCGAUGUAGUAAAAAAUGGAUCAUUGUUUUUAGUUCUUGUCUAUCUUCUAAACCUAACAGGAAUUUACAUAUGCCAAAGUUUCCUUAUUUAUGAUGCCCUUGAUGGGUUGUCUCAGUACCUCCCGCCCCCCUGCCCCCGUGUGUAUGAUGCUGAAGACCAAAAUAUCAAAUACUUCAGCAUAUCAAACAAUUAGGCCCAAGCUGCUUUGCAGCAGUCCUUUGAAGACUACCACUCAGGUGUCAGUAUUUCUCCUGACAACUCAUAAUCUAUUAGCAAGCCUGUGAGUUAUUUUAGCACAAGGCUUGUGGAUGCUGGCCAUAUGCAAUGUUGAGAUUUGCUUAGUCUUUGACUAGGGGCUUUAAAGCCUGAGUUCUUAGUCACUGAGCUGCCCCUCAUUAUUAUUUCAUUCUCUGUCGUGUUGAUAUUCUGGGUUUGCCUGCCUCCUUAAAUAAUUAUGAAGUUAAACAUUGAAGCCAUUCUUGGAUGUUUAUCAGUUGUGUGCUGAUAGAUUUCAUAGUCUAGAAAUGAAAGAGAGAGAGCCGGGAGAUGGCUUAGAAGGUUGGGGCAACCUGGAAGAUCCCUGAAGCUCACUGGCCAACCAUUAGAGCAAAUCUAUUAGCCUCAGGUUCAGAGAAGGACUUUGUCUCAAAAAAAAAAAAAAAAAAAAACCAAACUUGGAGAGACAUUGAAGAGAGACCCCUCAUGUUGGCCUUUAGUUUCCACAUAGCCACACACACACACACACACACAUGCUCACACCCACACCAAAAAGUAUGUACCAUACACACACCACACACAACAUAUACACACAUCACACAUAUGCAAUUUUUUAAAAUAAAAAAAUGCAAUAGUCGGAAACAGCCAAUAGUCUGUGCAGAAGAGGAGACAGGUACCAAGACAAUCACUUUUCUCUAGUCUCCUAAUAAACUUGAUCUAGUGUCUUCUAUAAUCACAAAGGAAGUAGAGGACCUAGGAUGCCAUGGUUUAAGCCCCCAAAGGUCUUCAUUAACCACAGGGUUUCAUUACCUCUGUUCAGAGCAAUCACUUCCAGAAGUGUUUAGGAAAAUCAAGUUUCUUUUGUCUUAAGAAUGCCACAGAUAUCUAGUUCUUAAUUCCUUUUUUUGGGGGGGGGGUGGGGCUUGAGGUGGUUGUUACUGUCUCUGACUUUGACAAUAAGAUUUGUGUGUUCACACAACUCAUCAGAGUUGGCGUUCUGCUUGUGAAUGGAAGAGAAUUUCUAUUACACCACACACUUGGGGAUUUGUCAGAAAGCCUCUGAGUUUAAGGGGAUUUGCUGGCUCAAGGAGUCUCCUGCUUUUAUGGAGGCAGCAAGUGAAAUGAUACUUGGAUUAAUGUCACUUUCAUGGUCCCCUCUCCCCCCUCCCUUCCAGCUUUUUUUAGCUUUUCAAAAGGAAGAGACACUUUUCAAUCAGGUUAUUGAAGAUAGACACUGUGGUUGAAAAAAAUAUCACAGUGUAUCCCUGAAGCAGCAGUUUCCACACCAGGGGAAUGGACAAGCGUUUCCUUGGUUUCACUCUGGAGGUGCCAUGGCCCUCCUUCCUGGGAUUUCUAUUCAUUUAAAACACUGCUGAAUGUACUGACAGGUAAAGAUAGGCAGGCUUUGGUUUUUCUCCUCUCCUCUCCUCUCCUCUCCUCUCCUCUCCUCUCCUCUCCUCUCCUCUCCUCUCCUCUCCUCUCCUCUCCUCUCCUCUCCUCCUUUUUUUUCUUCUUUUCUUGAGACAAGGUUUCUUUGUGUAGCUCUGGCUGGCUUGGAACUUGCCCUGUAGACCAGGCUGUCUAUGAACUCAGAGACCCACCUGCCUCUGUCUACUGAGUGCUGGGAUCCGAGGAGUGUGGCACCACUGCUUGGAAGCUUUCUAUGGCCUUAACUGGUUAAAUUAUAACUAUCUUGGAAAUAUAUUGAAAACUAGAAUCUUUUCUCUAGGACAAUGUAUGUCAUAUGUGAACCAUCAAUUUUGAGAGCACUUCUUUGUUGGGGGAGGGAUAGAAGUUUAUGGACCUUGUAUAGAUCAAUAGACUAUUGUAGAAUGUAGAUCAGUCAACACUAUAGAAUGUAGUGUCAUCCCUGAAUACAGUGGCAAAAUGUUGAUACAGGGUCAGAUAGUAAAUAUGUUUGGCUUUCUGUUUCAAGGGCUUUUUGUGAGUAUUGUUGCAGUAUCUUCUCAGCUCUUCUGUUGAAAUUUCCAUCAGAAAACAAUGCCCAAAUGAACAACCCUGGUGACUGUGUUACAAAUUAAACAUUCUAAAACCAAGGCAGGGGUUGUCUUUAGCUCACAGGCCAUGGUUUGCCAACGCCUGUUGUAGACCGUCAAACACAACAUUCUAAUUAGUUAACUAUAUGAAUGGAGUUUUCAACUGCAUAUUUGGCUUAGCUCCUGAGGUCUAUUAGGCAGAUGAAUACAGGAGAAUAAAGUCAGAAAAAGUGGGGGAGAUUUUAGUACUCUGAGUGUUAUUUGUUCACUUCUCCAGGUGUUUAUUAUUCUAGAGAAUAUUCUAGAUGGAGCAGUUUCCUCUGGGUUAAGUGACACUUUCCAUGAUCUGUUGUUGACAUCAUGACUUAGGUUAGUCUGGGAAAGGUGCAUUCUUACAUAUUACUUGUAGCCGUGGCAGUUAGCUUCUUUGCAUUUUCUUUUUCUCUGCAGUGGAAUGUGCGUGCAAGACGAGUCACGAACCCAGACAUUAACUUGUUUGUUGCUCUGUCUUCAGAACUACAGUGGACUCGUGAGACCAAAGCUGGCAUUAAAAAUAGAAGGCAUAUGUAAAAGGAAAUCUAUGUCUGUGUAUGUGUGUGUGUGCAUCUCUAUGGGUACAUGUACGUGUGGAUUGGAUUCCCCUGGAGCUGACGUUACCAGCCAUUGUGUUGGUUGAUGUGGGUGCUGGGAACUAAACACAGGUCCUCUGGGGAGGGGGGGGAUCUGUAAGUGCUCUUAACUACUAAGCUAUCUCUUGAUCCUAUUUUAUUUUAUUUUUAUGGUGUUUUUGAGACAGGAUCUUAUGUAUGCCAGGCUGACCUCAAACUUGUUAUGUAGUUGAGGAUGACCUUGAACUUGCAACCCUAUGACCUCCGUCUCCCAAGUGCUGGGAUGCUAUGGGUACAUCAUCACACCUGGUUUUUAUGUGGUGCUGAGAAUUGAACCCAGGGCUUUAUGCAUAUUAGACAAUCAAUCACUCUACCCGCUGGGCUGCACUGCCAGUUCCACUCUUACCCACUGGGCUAACCAGAGGUGUGUCCAGCUUACCCAUAUACUUGUUUGUUUCCCUAAGAGUAGUACUGAGGUAGUUUAGGGUUCAAAGUCCUCUGGUAAGCAGUGAGUGUAGAGGCUUUCUGUUCUCAUUGUGAACAGACUCAUGCUGACCACUUGAAUUCUGCCUCUGAACUUGGGUGGGGCACUCCUCUUAUGGACCCAUUAGUACAUUGCUGAUUCAAGAGGCCUAUACAAAAUAUCACCUUUCUGAGGUGAUUUCUCUUGGGUUGCACCACCCCCACCCCCCUCCGAAUCUCAGAGCCUGCAUCCAGAAAGCCAUGUCAUUGUCUGCUGUGCCAGUCUUUGUACCCUUCGCUCUAAGAUGGCGGUCAUCCAGAGCUUUCUGCUAUCUCCUUUACCACCUUCAGAACUGGACAUAUUUGGAAGUUAUAGUGUCUUUAUUAUCUACAUGAUAUCCACGUUAUCUGUAUCAUCUACCUCUCAGAUCACACUUAGAAUGAUACACAAUGACUCCUUAAGAGGGCCUAUCCAAAAGUUUGAUGAGGUAGUCCAUCCAUCGAAAAGAAUGUGUUUUGUUUUGUUUUGUUUUGUUUCACCUGGGAAAACAAAACCCGACUUCAAGAACCUUCAGAACACAGCUCUCUUUUCACGGGAAGCAUCUCACCACCGAAUCCAGAGACGACCAUUUCCCUGAGGCUUUGCUCUUGACAGCUAUGCAAAUAUCAGCCUCCCACAGCAGGAUCUGUGGAGACAGGGCAUUAGUUGAUGGUUGUCUUUGCAGUUCCUGAUCCAGACUUCACUUUUCAGGCAAAACUCCCAUGGAAACAUCUUCCUAUUCAAAAUGAGGAGGAGUCUGGUUUAAAAAGAUACGGAAAUCAAGGUCAAGGACUUUGUGGUGGGGAAGUUUUGUUUUGUUUUGUUUUGUUUUGUUUUGUUUGUGUCUGAAUGCAAAUGUGCUGAUGGAAUUUGUAUAUUUCAGGCAUUGGAGAGAUGGCUCAAUGGGAAGAGUGCAUGAUGUUCUCAACAGCCACAUGGGAAGGCUCCCGACUGCCUCUAACUCCCCUUCCGGGGAAUCGCAUGCUCUUUUCUGGACUCCUCUGGCCCUGGCAUGCAUGUGGUGCAUACAACUUAUGCAAAUAAAUACACACACGGGUUUUUUUUUUCCUUUUUAAAAAAGAAAUCUUUAAAAGAAUUUACAUACACACAGCCUACUAUUGGGACUCUCAGAAAUUUGUGACCAUAGGCAUCUUCAUGUGAACUUGGCAGGUGUCUCCCACCCCCAAUUUUUGGAGGUUACUUUAUAGUUAUAAUUUUUGAGGUUUGCACUGAUUUUCUUAUAGUUGGCAGUAUGGGCAGAAUUCUGCUUUUGUGAGCAAUAGCGUCACCAUGCCCCUUGCCUUCCUGUAGUUGAUACUUGUGUCUUUCUGAGCUUCAGGGUCUCGUUCCACAGAUGACUCUUUUGUGGGAUGGAGAGCAAGGACAAGGGCAUGCACUAACUUGUCCCUGAAGCGGCUCACUGCGUCAUCUGUAGAUUAAGGCUGAGACCAGGCACCAACCAUGGUUCAAAUCUUUCUUUCCUUUUGCAUCUCUUGCCACUCUCCCUCUAUAUGUCAUAGAUGGCUUGGCUGCAUUCCUAUGUGAGUGCUUUCAUGUAUCGUAAGUCAGGAACAGCUCUGCGACAAGGAGCCCUGUCGCUCUAAGUUCUUAAAAAUAUCCCAGAGAACCUUUAGCUAGCUCACAAAGGAGCAGGUGUGCUUCUGGCAUAUUAAAAUGUGCUAUAUUUUGGUUGACCCCCCUCCCCAUAUCCCUGUUCCCCACCCUUGCUUAAGCCCUUCUACCCCCAGUCUUUUCCCUUCUAUUUUUAUAUUAUCUGUUUCCUAUCACUGUCUCCAUCUCUCUACCUUAAAGCCUCUUUUAUUUAUUUAUUUUUUUGGUCCUCUCGUGUGCCCGUCUCUAAUUUCCUGACAUCUAUACACACUCCCUCCCUAAUUAAUGCACACAUAUGAAAAUGAGAGGCCAGGAUGCACAUCUAAGAGGGGAUGUGAGAUCUCUCUCUUAUCUUAUUUUCCCAGGUUGUCUCACUUAAUGUUUUCUGAGUUCCAUCCAUUUUCCUAUACAUUUCAUUUUUUCACUAUGGCUGACCCAAAUUCCAUUCAUAUGAGUACCACAGUUCAUUAUCUCUUCACCAGUUGAUGGCUGACUCCAUGUCCUUACUACUGUGAUCAUAGCAGUGUUAAGCAUGGAUGGGCAGGUACCUCUGUAGAAGGAUGCAGAGUCCUUUGCCAACCCUUAUGCUUUAAAAAGGAGCAACCGGACAAGUCAUUCAGUUCCCUUAGGAAAUGCUUAUCAGCACCCGUCCUUACAUCCUGUGCACUUUACGGGAGACACAUUUCAUUUGUAACCAUGAUUGUUUCUUUCCCUAUGUCACAAGUCAACUUUAUUUGCAAACCACCGUGUGUAUUCUGAAGGAAGCUCUUGGGGUCAAAGCAAAUAUGACUUGAUGCAAGAUUGAGAUCACGUGGACGACUGUUCUUGGUACCCCCCCCCAAAAAAAAAUUAUGAAAGAAGAUACUAGAGAGAUGUCCGCCUCUGCCUCAGAACUCCCAAUUCCAGCCCCCUUAAACUUCAUGUGUGGAACGUUUAGAAGAUGAGGCCAUGCCGGGCAUCCCCCUGUAGACGCCAUCUGUGCUGCCUGUGCCCUCUGCUUCUGACCGUCCUGGGCUAGAAUCGUUUUUCUCUCUGUGGGUUCUAGGAUCUUUUUCUUUACAAAGGAGGCAGGCUGAGUCGCAGAAUAUGGAAUUCAUUCAGACUUUUGUGCAGGAAGGGCCUCCUGGAACCUUCCAAAGCCUUUGAGGUGAGUGUUAGAUUUAAGUCCUGGCCCUCCAUUUUCAUUUAUGAUAUACAAGAGUGAAGGAGCUGUGGAGGUAGGCUUCACCUUGUGUUUUCCUUGAUGGAGACAGACAGGGCUGAUUUUUUUUCCCCCACACUAGAAACAUCCCUUAUCACUCCAUGGUGAAAGGAAGGUGGGAUAUCAAGUAAUGGCUUCUGUAGAGCCUUGGAAUUGUGUGUUCCAAACGCCCAUUUUGUUGUUCAGCUACUAUGCUUUGCCUCUCGUCUGAGGUGGACUCAUAUUCUUAUGUUAGCUGAGCUUUCUUCUCAUCCAAGUUGAACAGGGUGGUUAGGUUUUUUUGUUUUUGUUUUUUGUUUGUUUGUUUUUGUUUUGCUUUAGUUUAACAGCUUGUUGAAACUGGCAAUAAUAUCUCAAAAUCAAGGCAAUCAGUAGUUCAUGUGUAGAACUUCAGGUAGAUACAUACAUUGAUGUUGAUAGAUGAUAGAUGAUAGAUGUUAACAAAACUUCCAGGAGUGUGCCCAGACGAAGGGUGAUGUGGCCUUAAAGACAGCAUGCAUGUUUGUAACAUUUGGAGUAGCCCAAAAGCCUGGGUCCUCUUCUGGAGAAAUCCACAUUUCACUGCAAAUGCCAUCGAUAAGGGGUGUGUAAUAGCCUGGGUGACUGACUGGCUUCUGUCAGUUGUCAAGCCCGGGAAUAAUUUGCCAAAGUUGAGGUGUUUUGUCUUAUGUAAAGGCCAUGGUGUGGUGGAAUUCCUAUCAUCAGGUCUUGUAAAAUGUGGAACAUCAUUGUCCCCUUUAUGAUCUAAGAGAGUAUGAAGUGUAUGUAUGUUUUUGAAAUGCUAUGACGGAUUUCUUGGAAUCCAUGCAUUUGGCCAAGAGAAUGGCAGAGAUGUUAGGCCAAUGGUUGUUAUGUGGCUGGCUCUCCCAGCUCCUCCCUCACCACCUCAAAAAAGAGAAUAAACAGAGAGGCGAAGUUAAACUUGAAUUUCUGUGCUAUGAAGGAGCGUCCACUCUAAUCUCCCAUCUCAGGAUGUUCUUCAGUUCCGCACUGGUGCCACAGAGGAUAGCUUGAGCUGCUGACAUUGUAACUUUUCCUUGGAUGAGUGUGUCUCUGUGUGUGCGUGUGUGUCUGUGUGUGUGUGUGUGUGUGUGUGUAAAAUUUCCAACCCUGCGUGUCGUGUUCAUUGUCUUGUCGAUUUGUGAACUGACUCGAACAGUGGAGGAGACAGUUAAAAGGGAGGAAAGCGACUGCCUAACCACUUCGCUCUAUCAAAAGUGCUAACCGUGCUUCCAUAGCUGGGACAAAUAAUGUCAGCAUUCAGGAGGGAUGCCCUUGAAUGAAAUGGUGUGUUAUCUCCUAAGAAAAUGUAUGACUAAUAAAAGACAUUUUAAAAAGUA